CAAAGCAGUACAUGUAGUUGAAUGCGAGAAGUGUCGCCGUCUAAAGCAUUGCUAAAUUUACCACCAGCUCCAUUUUACUUCCCAGUCGAGAGGCGAACACCUGGCUACAGUGUGUUCUACGAUGUUGUUUGUGAUUUGUUUUGCAACCGUCUGAGUUGCUGUAUUUUGUUUGAUAAUUAACAAUAACAUAUAAUAAUCUUGAUUUUUGUCAGCUACAACAGUAUUUUUGCAAACGUACUAUCCUCGUACCUGUUGACAGCAACCAGCACAGUGGUUUCACAACAAGGAUGUAAAUACCAGUAAAGUGGUUUGAUAACAAGGAUGUGUUUACAGUGUACGACCGCGUUUCGAGACAGACGUUUAAAAUGGAGACCUCAAUUUGUUAUGUGUGCACCUGGUUUGAGUUUCUAAUAAAACCAUGAUAAUCAUCACCGGUGAACCUCAAAGAUUUACAAGUUAAGAAGUAAAACUAUGGAUCAGAAGCUUCUCGUGUUGUGCCGUGUUUUUGUCAUCGCUGGAGUAGUCUUUUCAGCCCCAGUCAUCAAAGAGUGCUCUAGUGGAGGAAAUUAUGUAUCUGAGGACACUGCUGCCACCUUCACUUGUAGGAGUUAUGGAACACAAAUGCAGUGGUAUUUAUAUGAUGAAACAGAUGAGACUUACAUCGGUGGAUGCAAUCAGCUGAAUUGCUACUUCGAAGACAGCUAUAGCUAUAGCUUUAACUUGAAAGCAACAAAAACUCAAAAUUCGGUUUACACAAGUCAACUUGAAAUCUUGAAUGUUACAAGGGAGCAAGCUCGUUCCCUCAUUUGCUACGUCAGUAAAACCCAACAAAACUACUGUAAGCUUCAUGUUAUAGCACCUGCAGUUGUUCGUUCUGAAAACUGCAAUGUGAGCAUCUCAAACUGGCAAGUGCAUGGGACAUGCUCAGUGUUUAGAAUGUAUGCGUCAAACAACAACUACUGGUGUGCUUGGCACAUGAACACCAACGAGACCUUCAGGGAUCUGGGGUUUAAUAGUACACUCAAGAACUAUACUUAUAACUCAAGAAGGUAUACAAGUGGUGAAUGUUCAUUUACAAAAGAAAUACCUGUUGUGGAAGGCAGUUACACAUACAGUCUCAGCGUAUUUCCAGGUUUUGGUGUUUAUUUCAACGACACAAUCACUAUAAAGUAUCCUGACGGACCCACUCACGACUGCCCACAACAUGUUUUUGAGGGAUCGGAUUUUAAUUGCACUUGCAAAUCGACUACAACUGGUAGUCCACCUGCAACAGCUGAGUGGGAUGGACUGGAUAGCAAAGUUCUACAAGUAAAAAGUGCAAGUCGACAUUUAAAUGGAGAACUGCGCAUAUGUCGACUGGUGUGGGGGCCACAGGGCAACAUCAACAGAAAUACUUCCUUCAUCGUUGGUGUAGCGUACGGACCUUCUGCGGUUCUUCUGAACAGCACCCAAGAAGAAGCAGAAAAUGGAUCUUACAUAGUAAAUUUUACCUGCACAGCAGUCGAUGUUUAUCCUUCUGCUGUGUUCACGUGGAACAUCACAUGUCUUAGGCAGACAAACAACACCAAUAUCAGCACCUGCAUUGUGAAGUUAACCGAACAUGAAGAACUGUCAGUAACGUGCACAGCCAGCAAUGCCUACUACAAAGAUGUGUUUCUUUCACAAACUCUCGUCCUACCUAUUUCAGAGGACGAAGCUUCAGCCAUCGCUGCGGGAACCGGAAGUCUAAAUGGUGGACUAAUAGGUGGAGUCACUGCAGCUGCUGUGGUUGUGUUGGUCAUCAUAGCAGUUGUUGCUGUAUACAUCAUCAAACGCCGAAAAGAUCCCGUGUACGACACUGCUAGAAGACCUGCCAACAACGAACAUAAUUAUGUGGAUCUUGCCCAGGACAGAUGUAAAGAAGGUCAGCCAACAGAUGCUUCCUAUGACAUGGUCACAAGGCAGGAUGGUGAUGAACAUGGCUACGUCACACUCACACAGGUCACAAUGCAUCUGAAUCUGCAGGUGACAGAGGCAAUGGCUGGCAGACGACUGUGGAUAACAUGCCUCGUAUCACUGCUCACCAUAGAGGGUCAUUCAGGUUUGACCAUUGGAGGUUGUGAACAGGGCAGUGUAGUGGUGACUAACGGCACAGACCCUUCAUUCACAUGCAGCACGUCCUUGUCCAACUGGUUGUGGUGGAAGAUCUUCAGUGAGGAGGGAACAUAUUUCGGCUACUGUAACAGAUGGGGAUGUACACCGUGGAAUAUCCAGUAUACGGUAGAUGUGAAAGGUUCUUCGUCCAGCGUCUACACAUCCAGUCUGAUGAUAAAGAGGAUCACAGGAAACUCAACCAGGACAUUAGUUUGUAGCAGCCCCGGGGAACCCUUGGAGGCUUGGUGCAGUCUGACAAUAACAGAUGAACAAUUUACUAAAGAAAAUGAGGCCAAAGGAACUGGAUCGUCUGUCGAUGAGAAAGGAGCGAUAAUCGGUGGUGUUAUUGGAGGUGUGGUUCUCCUCGCUAUCGUUAUCACCAUUAUCGUUGUCUGCAUCCUCAGACGAAAGAAAGAUCCCGUGUACGACACUGCUAGAAGACCUGCCAACAACGAACAUCAUUAUGUGGAUCUUGCCCAGAACAGAUGUAACGAAGGUCAGCCAACAGAUGUUUCCUAUGACAUGGUCACAAGGCAGGAUGGUGAUGAACAUGGCUACGUGGGCUUGAAUCACACAGGUCACAAUGCGUCUGAACCUGCAGGUAUGAAACAGGAAAUAAUAUCAACUGUAUUUAUAAAACAUCUAACAUCAUACAAACAUCCUAUCGCAAUAAAUUAUAUCAAGGUAUUUUCUAUAAUUUUAUAUUACUAUAUUUAUAUUUAUGUUCAUUUUUAUUUUAUUUCUGUUGUUUUUUCAGAUGCAAUAUUUAUUGUAGGAAGAAUACCUACAGCUCCCUAAAGUGUUUUACCUAAGUAGCAUGUGGUCUGAUAAUGUAACUGUUUCCGAUUUUUGUAUGUUGCAUAAUGUUAGUGAUACUGAGUCAAUUUUAAAUCAAUAAACAUGAUUUGCUAAGUAUUAAAUAUUUGCCGUGCACUUUUUAUAAAGUGCAUUCAUAAUAAACAUUAGAUGGCUUUUAUAGUAACUGCUGUAGAAAGUUGUCCUGCUUUAUAGCUUAAAAACGUAGAAGUGUAAAAGUAAAAAAAAAUUAAAACUAAAACAUUUCAUGACCAUUAUGCAUGUAUGUGAAUAAAUGUGUUUAUACCUUUUUGUGGUUU